UGCUCCUCACAGCAGUGAACUGUUACAGUGUGAAAGCUGCUACUCGUGUUCAGGAUGCCUUUGCUGCGGCAAAACUGCUGGCGCUGGCUCUGAUCAUCAUUCUUGGCUUCGUGCAGCUUGCGAAGGGUGAUGUGUCAAACCUGACUCCUGAGCACUCCUUCGAAGGCACAAAAGUAGACGUGGGGAACAUCGUGCUGGCUUUGUACAGUGGCCUCUUUGCCUACGGAGGAUGGAAUUACUUGAAUUUUGUUACAGAAGAGAUGAUAAAUCCCUACAGAAACCUGCCUCUGGCUAUCAUCAUCUCUCUACCUGUAGUCACUUUGGUUUAUGUGCUGACAAACUUGGCUUACUUCACGACCCUGUCGACAGAGCAGAUGCUGACGUCCGAAGCCGUGGCUGUGGAUUUUGGGAACUACCACCUUGGCGUCAUGUCCUGGAUCAUACCCGUCUUCGUCGGCUUAUCGUGCUUUGGAUCCGUUAAUGGAUCUCUCUUCACUUCUUCCCGGCUGUUCUUCGUGGGGUCCCGAGAAGGACACUUGCCUUCGAUCCUGUCUAUGAUUCACCCCAGGCUUCUCACUCCCGUGCCGUCCCUCAUCUUUACGUGCAUCAUGACCCUGUUCUAUGCCUUCUCCAACAACAUCUUCUCAGUGAUCAACUUCUUCAGCUUCUUCAACUGGCUGUGCGUCGCUCUGGCCAUCAUCGGCAUGAUGUGGCUGCGUUACAAGAAGCCAGAGCUGGAAAGGCCCAUCAGGGUGAACGUCUGCCUGCCCAUCUUCUUCAUCCUGGCCUGCUUGUUCCUCAUUGCUGUUUCCUUCUGGAUGACGCCGAAGGAAUGUGCGAUUGGCUUUGCAAUCAUCUUCAGCGGGAUCCCUGUUUACUUCUUCGGGGUCUGGUGGCAAAACAAGCCCAAGUGGGUUCUCCAAGGCAUCUACUCCGCGACAGUCCUGUGCCAGAAACUGAUGGAAGUAGUUCCGCAAGAAUCGUAAAGUGGCAAAAGCAGGGACAUUCAACUCGAGGAAACGCACAAUUAUUAUUUUUAAGACGACACAAGGAGAAAACGCUUCUUAUCCCUCAUCAACGAAACCCAGGC